AUGGCCACUAUUGCCGAGAAGACUAUUGAGAUGGACUACAAUGAGAAGGACGCCGAUAAUUCUGUGGCCGGCCAGCAGGAAGACCACCAGGAAGCCCACCAGGUGGCGAUCGUCCUUGAUAACAGCGACCAGCUAAAACGGCACCUAGGAAACCGUCAAAUCCAAUUGAUCGCUAUCGGGGGGUCCAUUGGGACGGCAGUGUUUGUAACUAUCUCAUCUGGGCUGGUUAAGGGAGGCCCAGGAAGUUUGUUCCUCGCGUACGCCAUUUACUCGUGUAUGUUGGCUCUGGUCAAUAACUGCAUGGCUGAGAUGGCGGUCUUCAUGCCCGUUACCGGCGCUUUUAUCCGAAUGGCCGGCCACUGGGUGGAUGAGGCGUGUGGGUUCUGGGCAGGCUGGAACUUUUUCCUCUACGAGGCACUCUUGAUCCCCUUUGAGAUCACAGCUCUCAACUUGGUUUUGACGUUCUGGCGAGACGAUAUUCCGGUGGCGGCCGUGGUAGCGGCUUGCAUCGUCCUUUACUUCCUUCUAAAUGCCGUUACGGUGAAGUGGUAUGGUGAAGCCGAGUUUUGGCUUGCCUCAGGGAAGUGUUUUCUACUUCUAAUCGUCUUCUGCUUCACCUUUAUCACUAUGGUCGGCGGCAAUCCAAAGCACGAUGCAUAUGGCUUUCGCUACUGGAAUAACCCCGGGGCCUUUGCCGAAUAUAUCACUACGGGCCCUUUGGGCCGUUUUGAGGGCUUCUUGGGCGCCCUUUGGAGUGCAUCCUUCACGAUCGUCGGUCCAGAAUAUAUGUCUAUGGUAGCUGGGGAAACCAAACUACCCCGGCGGUACCUAAAGACAGCGUUUAAGACCACCUAUGCCCGGUUCGCCUUCUUUUUUAUCGGAAGCGCCUUGUGCGUAGGUAUCGUGGUUCCGUAUAAUGACAAGACACUGUUAGCUAUCCUCAGUGGCUCAUCUAGUGGUUCGGGCACCGCAGCGGCGUCUCCAUACGUUAUUGCGAUGAGCAAUCUUGGCAUUAGCGUGCUACCAGAUAUCACCAACGCGCUACUGGUGACAAGUAUCUUCUCUGCCGGAAACUCCUACGUCUAUUACGGGAGUCGCAGUCUCUACGGCCUCUCCCUACAAGGUCAAGCACCUAAGUGCCUACGUCGGUGCACUAAGAGAGGCGUUCCAAUAUACUGCCUCAUCGUCGUGAUGGCAUUCCCGUUCCUCGCGUUCCUGAAUGUCUCAAGUGGCUCUGCUAAGGUCCUCACCUGGCUCAUCAACAUUAUCACCGCCGCACAGGUAAUUGACUAUAUCAUUAUCUCUAUUACCUACAUCUUCUUCUACCGCGCCCUCCGCGCGCAGAAUAUCGACCGUCGCACCCUCCCUUACUAUGGCUACUUCCAGCCCUACUCGGCUUGGAUCGGUCUUAUCUGGAUGACGACUAUUGUCUGCGUGUAUGGCUACUCGACAUUUUUGCCGGGCAAUUGGACCGUGGGUGGCUUCUUCACUUAUUACACAAUGGUCCUCGCGGCGCCGGUACUUUUCUUUGGAUGGAAGAUUAUCAAGCGCACCAAGUUCAUCAAGCCCCACGAAGCGGAUCUUAUUUGGGACCGGCCAGUUAUCGACGCGUACGAGGCUACCUUCACGGACUAUGCUCCUGGCUUUUGGACAGAAAUCUUACAGAUUUUUGGUUUGCGGAAGAACCGAAAUGAACACCGCCAGGUAUGA